AUGUAUAUAAACUCUGAGAAUUUAUUACCAAAAUUAUAAGGAGAAGCAUUUGGUAUUGAUAUUGAAUUUAGUAACAAACGAAUUUGUCUCAUUUAAAUAUCUGAUGGGAAGGAAAUAUAUUUAUUCGAUCCAAUUGCUUUGAAUUUAGAGUAAUACAUGAGAGAUUUUUUUUAAAAUGAUGCCAUCAAAAUAUUUUAUAGUGGUGCUCAAGAUUUGAAAUGGUUGAAAACUGAAUAUCAAAUAGAAGUUAAUAACUAUUGUGAUUUAAAAGUACUUGCUCAAAAAGAGCCUGAUUAAAGUUUAAUUGCAUUAUGGAAGAAGUAUUGUGGAGUCUAAUUUGAAAGAGACGACAAGAAAAGAUUAUAAAGAAGUGAUUGGUUUGCAAGACCAUUAUCUUAAGAACAAUUAUUCUAUGCUGCUCUUGAUUGCAAACAUCUUAUUAUGUUAAGGGAUAUUUUAUUGUAAUAAUACACGGAGGAGGAAAAGAAAUUUAUACAUUUCUCCACAGACCUCAAAGAACCUAAACUAUUGAGAUAUUUAAAGAAAUAAUUGGUUGACAAUGAAGAUGUUCUUUUACCUUAAAAGAUUUAUAGGCAUAUCAAAUUUCAAGAUCCUUUUUAAACAGACGAUUAGAAGGUGAUUGGUUUGAUCGAAUAAUUAACUAAAAAACAUCACGAAGAUUACAAGGAAUAGAAAAAACAAAGGUUUUUACACUUUUAAGAAAAAUUUACAACUCAUAAACCUGUUUAUAGUAAUUGCCGUAUAUUUAGUUUGAGUGGAUAAUAGCUAUGCUUUUGUGAUUAAAAGAAAAUUGAAUGGUAUGUAAAGAAUGGGUUAGGAGAAUAUAUGGAUGAAAAGAGCAUCAAGUUAAGUUUUGAUCCUGUUUGCGAAUUUGAUGAAAAAGAAAUGAAAUUUUAUAAUGAAGAAAGGGCAAAUCGAUGUGUUGUUUGUGGUGCCUCUUCUAAUAUAUUAAAAUAUUAAAUCAUCCCAUACAUGUACAAGCACAAUUUACCUAACCAUUAUAAAUCUCACAGGGCUCAUGAUGUUGUGAUCAUAUGUGCUCGUUGUCACGAAAAAGCAUCUGCCCUCCAAGAUAAGAAAAGGGCUGAAGUUUGCUUAGUUGUAUGGAGUUCCUUUGUAAUAUUAUGGGGAGGAGAAGAAAGUAGUUGA